AAGGUGAUAUAAUUUUUCUUGAUAUUAAUUUCAAUAUUUAUGUAAAGCUGUGUAUGAUGGUAGAUGUCGCGCUUUUAAGUAAAAUACACUGUCGAUAAAGGGUACAGAAGUUGACCACCGCUGUGUAACCCCUUAAUAACCUGACUGAAAUAUAAGUCAAGAUUGCACAUGGAUUAUUGACAUAUUUUAAUAGGUUUUUAUUGUUUUAAAUAUACUUUGAUAGUGUCUGUAAAAACUUGAUUGUUCCUUGUGAAAAUAUACUUACGCUGCAAUCAAAAUGGUGUUAUCGUGUCGGUUUUAUAAGGAAAAAUAUCCAGAGGUAGAAGAUGUAGUGAUGGUAAAUGUACGUAGUAUAGCUGAAAUGGGAGCAUAUGUACAUUUAUUGGAAUAUAAUAAUAUUGAAGGUAUGAUUCUGUUAUCUGAGUUGUCCAGAAGACGUAUAAGAUCUAUUAACAAACUCAUUAGGGUAGGAAAAACUGAGCCAGUCGUUGUUAUUCGAGUUGACAAAGAAAAAGGUUAUAUUGAUCUUAGUAAACGUCGUGUAUCAGCUGAAGAUGUAGAAAAAUGUACUGAGAGGUAUGCAAAAGCAAAAGCUGUCAAUUCAAUACUAAGACAUGUUGCAGAAUUAUUGCAUUAUGACAGUGAUGAUCAAUUGGAAGAAUUAUAUCAAAAAACAGCAUGGCAUUUUGAAGAAAAGUAUAAGAAGCAAAAGGCUUCUGCAUAUGAUUUCUUUAAACAAUCAGUUUUGGAUCCAUCCAUUUUAGCAGAAUGUGGUCUUGAUGAACACACAAAGGAGGUGUUAUUAAAUAAUAUUAAAAGAAAAUUGACUUCUCAGGCAGUUAAAAUUCGAGCAGAUGUGGAAGUAGCUUGUUAUGGUUAUGAAGGAAUUGAUGCAGUGAAAGCUGCUUUAAAAGCUGGCUUAGCCCUUUCCACAGAUGAACUUCCAAUUAAAAUCAAUUUAAUUGCACCACCAUUAUAUGUCAUGACAACAUCUACACCAGAAAAGCAGGAUGGUUUAAAAGCAUUGAAUGAUGCUAUUAAUGUUAUACAGACUAAAAUAACAUCACUUGGAGGUGUAUUUAAUGUUCAAAUGGCUCCGAAAGUCGUAACUGCAACGGAUGAAGCAGAACUAGCAAAACAAAUGGAACGAGCUGAACUUGAAAAUGCAGAAGUUGCUGGUGAUGAUGAUGAGGAGGAAGUGGAAGGAAUGGAUGGUUUUAGCGGUGGAGAAGAUGCGGAAGAUGAUAAAAAACCUGGAAACGAUUCACAGGAAGAAGAAUAGACACUUAGAAUAAAUUCAUAUAUCCCACUUUUCAUUAAGUGACAAUUAUUUCUAAGUCAGAAUCAUACUUUUGAAAGUAUGUUACUGUCUUACUGGACAUUUCACAGAAUAUUUCAAAUAAACAUAGAAAACCCAAUGUAUUAUAAGUUAUAAAUAAUUUUCUAUCAACUUGAUAAAAUAAAUAUGAAUAAUACUUAAAUUAUUGUUAAAAAAACAAAUUUUUCAUAUGAGAAAUACUCUUAAUGUUGUAUUUAAGAAUCUUCUUUACAUUUUAUAAUUU